AUGGCCCCAAAUCCACACUCUAAACUUCGCCCGGUGCAAAAGCCUCCUGUCAACGUACGCCCGCCAGCACCACUGCCACGACCGGCGGCUCGCCCGUCAAAUCCUGCCGAUAUCCGCAACACCAAGGAGUACAAGGUUGCAGCGCGACGAUGGCUAUCUUCAAUUGUCGCAUUGCCCAUUGUGAUUUAUACGUCUUGGAUUCUGUACGAGCGUGUUUAUGGGAAUAAGAGCCCAAAGAGAUUGGUUCUACCACAGCCACCGCGGCAGGAUCCGUCUGAAUCCGCGACUGCGUCUUCAUCGUCAUCAUCUACUUCAUCAUGA